AGAAUGCCUGCAUGUAGUAACAACGGUGUGUUAGCACUAGUCUCUUGUACACCGACUUAAGCUUCAACACGUGAGUAAGGUUUCGACCUUGAGCCACAGGGCCGUAGCAUCCACUUCGAGAAGCAUGGCCGCAGCAAUUUCAGACCCCUACCUGUUCCAAGUGAGAUCGGAAACCAACCUGACGGAGGCAAGGGUGUACGUGUGUCUUGGCAAUUCUGUUUCGGAUGACCCAAACCCUAUGUGGUAUGAACUGGGCAAGAAACCAGACAGUGAAACCCUGUCUUCAGGGUAUUGGUUGUUCAGAGUUCCGAUGCCGGAUGCUUCUUUUCCGGCGACUAAAGCGAUGGCGAGUCACGGAGCAACCAUCUUCAUGAUCGGAAGCAAUGAGGAUGAGGUCUUGAAUUUGAGAAGACUUAACUGUGCGACUAAGGCUUGGGAUGACACGGCGUUCCUGAAUUUGCACCGGAGGUUCAUUGAUGGAAUCAGAUUAUACGGCGGUCUCCAAGAUGGCAUCUUUUUGCUAGGAGGACAAGGUCUAUACCCUGAAGUGUACCACCCACAAACCCAAACAUGGAGUCUCUUGCCUGAUCCGGAAGUGCGUAGCGAGGCAACGGUAAUAGCGGUUGGAUCGACGGACCAACAAAGGUUAGAGUUUUGGGCUUACGAUGUUGGUAUCUGCCUUAAGUAUUCCCUGAAUCUGACAAGUCAGGCCUGGGAGACAGAGAUCUCAGGGCUUAGGCCUUCAAUGUGGGAAGGAAAUUACUGCAAGACUUUGUUAGUUGGAGAUAUCAUUGUAAGAUUCUACGGGAAGCGGCUAACCUUCUACAAUGAAGUGACAGAGACUAUGAUGAAUGUUGAAGGCUUGUCAACCUUUCCUAAAAAGCCGAUUUUUCUGCUUGACUUCUUUGGUACUCUGCUGGUUUUCUGGAGAACUGGCGAUGAAUUGUGGUGUUGUGAUGUUAAGUUGGAGAAGAGACAGAACAACACGUUGGUUGGAUCUGAGAUCUGGAGAGAUGUCGUUCUCCGAUUGAAGAACACGAAGACACGUGGUGACUUAGAAUUCCUUGGUGGCGCGUGCAUUAAGCUCUGAGGCUCGAGAAUAGCUUAACCUCAGAGAGAGUUUCUUGAUCCAUCCCCAGACUUUCAAGCUCCGUAACUGCUGCAACAUUUUCCUCUACCUGAUUCAGAAACACACUAGUGUGUGUAUAUUGUCUUAAUGCAAAGUUGUCUAGAGAACAAGAGAAACAUUUUCCAGUUCAUUACUCUGUUCUCUCUCGUCCAAAGUCUCUCUGUUUUUGAUCAAGUUCUUGUUGAUUAAAAGAAAAAAUAAUUU